AGGAGGAAAAGAGGCAAGGACUACAAGGAAGGCAUGUACGAACUGCCGUUCUAUUAUCCUGGCCAAAUUUGUGUGGGAAAGGUGACAACUUUGCAUCUUUACCAAGGGGCAUUUGUUGACAUUGGAGGUGUAUAUGAUGGGUGGGUUCCAAUAAAGAAUAAUGAUUGGUUUUGGAUUCGUCAUCAUAUAAGAGUGGGUAUGCAAGUCAUUGUUGAAAUUACGGCAAAGCGGGAUCCUUAUCGCUUCCGGUUCCCAAUCGAACUGCGUUUUGUCGAUCCAAAUAUAGAUCAUCUGAUCUUUAACAGAUUUGACUGCCCACCAAUAUUUCACCGCGAGGAAGAUACAAAUCCAGAUGAAUUGCGGCGUGACUGUGGAAGACCUCCCAUUCCUAGAAAAGAUCCAGGAGACAAGCCAGCAGAAGAACCUUUAUUUUCCAAUCACCCAUAUGUUGAUAAGGAAAUAUGAAGGACCAAGAUACCA